AUGAUUGUUGGAAUACUGGCAUGUCUGACGGCCUCUUUCACUCUCGGAUCAGUUUUUGCCCCGAUUAAAAGGUUCCCGUCUAGUGAUGGAUUUAUGGUUCAAUUCUUCAUGAGCCUCGGCGGAUUCAUCACAAGUCUUGCUAUUCACGCUCUCCUCGAAUUCCCACCAAUUUAUCCGUUGGCAAUGUUGGGAGGAGCCCUUUGGUGUAUUGCAAACGCUUUCGCAUUCUUGAUAAUGAAUCGUCUUGGAUUAGCAGUUCCAAUUCUUAUUUGGAGUACAGUAUCCUGUUUGACUGGAUGGGCAACAUCAAGAUAUGGGUUGUUUGGAGUACCGAAAGGAGUUCCAAGUUCUGUUAUUCUCAACUAUUUUGGAGUUAUCGUUUUGGUUAUUGGAAGUUCAUUCUUCCUAUUCAUCAAAAGUCACGUGUACAAGCCAAAGAAUUCAGAGAAAUUGGCAUCAGGAGGAGAAAUUCCAUCAGAGAAAAGUAUGGCAACCCAAUCUUCAGAAGGAGAAGACAUCAUCCCACAUCCUCAUCAUGUGUCUCCAGUUAUUAGAAUCGUAUGUUUCCUGGCUGCCAUCUUCAGUGGUCUUUUCUAUGGAUCCAUGUGCACUCCAGUCACUUUCAUCCAGAAUCGACCAGAUUUAUAUCCAGGCGCUCCAACUCAAGGAUUACCCUAUCUUUUCUCGUUUUUCUUGGGUAUUAUGCCAACAUCGACACUUGUUUUGGCAGUUUAUUCCGGUGUUAAGAAGAACCAACCUUCCCUUCCUCCAUAUUUGAUCCUUCCAUCUCUUCUUGCUGGUCUUCUUUUCGCAAUCGGAAUGGGUGGAUUCUUCAUUGGAAACGAGAAGUUAUCUCAGACAAUUUCCUAUCCAAUUUGUUCGUUUGCACCUGGAUUGAUUGUCAGUGCAUGGAGUGUUUUGUAUUUUAAGGAGAUCUCGGGAAAACGAAAUCUGAUUCUGCUCGGUAUCGCCUACUCCUUCACUCUUGUCGGAGUCAUUAUGGUUACUGUAUCCAAAGAUCUUUAG